AUGUAUGUCAUCAAAAGAGACGGUCGUAAAGAACCAGUACGUUUUGAUAAAAUCACUGCUAGAAUCACACGUUUAUCCUAUGGUCUAGAUCCUGAACGUAUUGAUGCUGCUAAGGUCACUCAACGUAUUAUUGCCGGUAUAUAUGAAGGUGUUUCCACACAAGAACUGGAUAAUUUGGCUGCUGAAACAUGUGCUUAUAUGACCACUAUUCAUCCAGAUUAUAGUACUUUAGCUGCCAGAUUGGCAAUUUCAAAUUUACACAAACAGACAACAAAGCAAUUCUCACAAGUUGUCAGUAAUCUACAUCACUAUAUCAAUCCUGCUACAGGUAAACAUGCUCCAUUGGUAUCAAAAAGGGUUUAUGACAUUGUCAUGAAAAAUAAAGAUGUAUUAAACUCAGCUAUCGUAUAUGAUAGAGAUUAUAAUUUCAAUUAUUUCGGUUUCAAGACUCUUGAACGUUCUUAUCUUUUGAGAAUCGAAGAUAAAGUUGUAGAACGUCCACAACAUUUACUUAUGAGAGUCGCCUUAGGUAUUCAUAUGGAUGAUAUCGAAUCGGCCAUCGAAUCCUACAAUCUAAUGUCCCUUAAAUACUUCAUUCAUGCCACACCAACAUUAUUCAACGCUGGUACCCCGCAUCCACAAAUGUCUUCAUGUUUCCUGGUCUCCAUGAAAGACGAUUCCAUUGAUGGUAUUUUCGAAACAUUAAAAGAAUGUGCCUUAAUUUCUAAAUCCGCAGGUGGUAUUGGUGUCCAUGUUCAUGACAUCCGUGGUAGUGACUCCUAUAUCGCUGGUACAAACGGUAAAGCUAAAGGUAUGAUGCCUGUUGUCAGCAUCUUCAAUACUACCGCUCGUUUCGUCACCCAAGGUGGUAAUAAGAGACCAGGUGCCAUUGCGUUCUUCUUAGAACCAUGGCAUCCAGAUGUCUUCAAAUUCAUUGAAAUGAGAAAGAAUCAUGGUGAUGAAGAGUACCGUGCUAGAGAUCUAUUCCCUGCUUUAUGGAUCCCAGAUUUAUUCAUGAAGCGUGUUGCUGAUAAUGGCCAAUGGACUUUUUUCUCAUCAAGUGAAGCUCCAGGUCUAUCUGAUGUUUAUGGUGACGAAUUUGAAGAAUUAUAUGAACGUUAUGAAAGAGAAGGUCGUGGUAAGACCAUCAAAGCUCAAAAAUUAUGGUACGCCAUUUUGGAAGCUCAAACCGAAACUGGUACUCCAUUCAUGUGUUACAAGGAUGCUGCAAACCAAAAGUCUAACCAAAAGAAUCUAGGUACUAUCAAAUCCUCUAACUUAUGUUGUGAAAUCCUCGAAUACUCCAACCCAGAAGAGACUGCUGUUUGUAAUUUGGCUUCUAUUUGCUUGCCCACCUUUAUAGAAUACUCUGAAGAUAACAAGACUUCAACUUACAACUUUGACAAACUACACAGCGUCGCUAAGGUUAUUACACGCAAUUUGAAUAGAGUUAUUGACAAUAAUUACUACCCAGUCCCAGAAGCUAAGAGAUCUAACAUGAGACAUAGGCCAAUUGCCUUAGGUGUACAAGGUUUAGCUGAUACUUUCAUGAUGUUACGUCUACCAUUCGAAUCUGAUGAAGCUACUAAACUUAAUAAACAAAUUUUCGAAACUAUCUAUCAUGCAUCCUUAGAAGCCUCAUGUGAACUAGCACAAAAGGAAGGUCACUAUGAAACCUUUCCAGGUUCUCCAGCUUCCCAAGGUAUCCUACAAAUGGAUAUGUGGAAUGCUGAACCAUUCGGUAUGUGGGAUUGGGAAACAUUGAGAAAAGAUAUUGUCAAGUAUGGUAUCAGAAACUCUCUAACGAUGGCACCAAUGCCAACAGCUUCUACUUCACAAAUCAUGGGUUUCAAUGAAUGUUUCGAACCUAUCACCUCCAACAUGUACCAACGUCGUGUCUUAUCGGGUGAAUUCCAAAUUGUUAAUCCAUACUUAUUACGUGAUUUAGUCGAUUUAGGUAUUUGGGAUGAUAGUAUGAAACAAUAUUUAAUUACACAGAAUGGUUCCAUUCAAAACUUGCCAAAUGUUCCAGAUGAACUUAAGGAAUUAUAUAAGACUGUCUGGGAAAUUUCUCAAAAGAAGAUUCUAGAUAUGGCUGCUGAUCGUUCCAUUUACAUUGAUCAAUCUCAUUCAUUAAACUUAUUCAUUCGUGCACCAACCAUGGGUAAAAUUACAAGUAUGCAUUUCUACGGUUGGAAGAAGGGUUUGAAGACAGGUAUGUAUUACCUAAGAACACAAGCUGCUUCUGCUGCUAUUCAGUUCACAAUUGAUCAGAGUGUCGCUGACCAAGCCGCUAAUAAUAUCGCUAUUAUGGAAACCCUACACCGUCCAGAAUACAUCACACAAGGUCCUAGGUUCGCAAACACAGAUAUUGAGAGAAGCUCGUCACCAGUUUCUACAGACAGCUCGAUUUCCAGUGGCAUGUCAUCUAUGAAACUUGAAAACCAAGAACCUAUCAGACCUGCCGAUACUAAUUCCACUGAAAAGAUUCCUGUUUCAGUUUCUACUUCUGACCAGGUAAAUGUCAGUACUCAAUAG